AUGCUGCGCCCCGCCCUGUGGCUCGCGGUCGCCGCCGCGGGCCCCGGGGCGGCGAGCGGGCUGCAUGCGGAACGGCAGUUUGCUGAGGACCUGUCCGAGGGCGCGCAGCUCGAGUUUCGUGCUGCGCCACCACUGGCGGGGCGUGGUUCGGUGAACCACACAGCGGAAGCCCCUGCGCUGAAGAGGAUCCACUUGAUCUCCAUCACCACGCAGGGCUCGUGCGAGGCCCUCGAGCUGUUCCAGCGCGCCGGCGGCGGCCUGCCGGGCCUGUCGGAGCCCCUGCGGUUCACCGUCGAGGGCAGGACGAUCCUCACGGACCCCGAUUCGGAGUUCAAGCGGCAGCAGGUGCGCUGCCUGUUCAGCGAGAACUUCAGCGAGCAGGAUGCAUCUGAAGUCGAAGGAAAAAGAGCCGGUCUUUUUUUUUAG